CCUUGGCUGAUGGGUCACGCGCGUCUACGAGCCGUUUCUGUGUCCCUUUGGCGGUUCCGGCAAAGUGCAUCGCUACGACCACGGGCUUGGCGGGUUUCGGGCUGGAUCAUGGAUCCCGAUGCCCUGUAAGCCCGAGCGCCCUUUCCUGUCGCACCGGGGAAAAGGACGCGUGGACCGGUAACACGCAACCACCGACGAGUAGGCUUAGAUGUUGCCCCGGUGUAGCGCUGUGUAUCGCACGCCUCCGGCGACGUUGACAACAGGAUGCAGAUAUCGACAGACUCCUUCCCAUUCAAGCUGGGCACCCGGCGCAAUGUGCUCCAGGUGAGCGACGCUUCGCCGGAACAAGAAGCCAUGGGCUCCGAAACGAGGCUGAAGCGCGUCGGCAGUUCGUUCGUCUCGUACGUGGACCUCGGUGUCGGCGAGCGGUCGUCUGCACGCCCACCCGACGCAGCGCCUCCUCCACCGGAUCUCAUACCGCUGGUAACACUGAAGCCCGCGUUGUGCGACGGCGAGGUGGUGGUGACCGAGGUGGACAACGUGCUGAAGUUUAACACGUUUAGCGACCUGCGUAACGGCGUGUCUGGCGUGCUUUUCUGCACAAACUUCAAGCUGAGCUUCGUCACGAUGGACGCGAGCGGCGAGCACAAGCCGCGAGCGCUUUGCGCGAACCGCGUAUUGGGCGAAAACGACAUCGGUCUCCUGAACGUGGAAGCCCUGUUUCUGCUCUCCGGGGGCCGCCGCAAGCGGCUGUCUCCCCAGGCGGCCGCUGCGCAGUCCGUCGAGGUGCUGCAGGUCCACUGCAAGGACAUGCGCAUUUUCACCUUCUCCUUCAAGUUCUGUCAGAGCGACCAGUGCAGCGCCAAGGUGCUGCAGUUCCUGUCGCGCCACGCUUUCGUCUCCAGCCUGGACAAGCUGUUCAGCCUGCGCGGUGGCUCGAUCGGCCAGCGCGAGCCGCCUUUCGAGAGCGCCCGCGAGUGGGACACCGAGCUGCGACGUUGCGCCGCCUCCAAGUUGUGGAGGGUGACCGAGCUGAACGAGCGGUAUCGGCUGUCGGCCGCGCUUCCCGGCCGCUUCGCGGUCCCGCGCCGUCUCGUCGACUGCAAGCUAGAACGCCUGGCGCAACACUUCAGCGACAAGCGCGUGGUUGCCUGGUGCUGGAGCCACCCGAGCGGCGCCGCACUGGUGCGAGGUGCCGCCUCCGACACGGGCUCCGAGUCGGCGGACACCGAGCGGCUUCAACUGCUCGUCCAGUGCCUGGGCGCCGACGUCCACUUGGUGAAUUUGGAUCUGGAGUGCCCGAUCGUGCGCGAAGUCGGUUCCAGCUACCACAAGCUUCAGGCGCUCUGCAUGCCGGCUGAUGAAGCAGAGUUUCUCGAACAAGAGGCCCGUUUCUACGCGGCGCUCGAGUCGACCCGUUGGUUGGAAUGCGUGUCAGGUUGCCUUAAGGUUGCGCUCACCGCCGCCAAGGUAAUAGCGGAACGUCGGAAACACGUCUUGGUGCGCGAACAGAGUGGUGCCGACAUGACUUGCGUGGUCGUCAGCCUGGUGCAGAUUCUUCUGGACCCUUACUAUAGAACGCAGGCAGGCUUUCAGACCUUGGUUGACAAAGAGUGGGUAGCCGCGGGUCACCCCUUUCCGGAACGCCUGGACCAUCUCGGUCAAGGACGUGCAUCACCAGAUGCGGCACCAGUCUUUCUGUUCUUUCUCGAUUGCGUCUGGCAGCUUCAGUCUCAAUUUCCCGCAUCAUUCGAGUUCUCAGAGACGUAUCUAACUAACCUCUGGGACUGCACGCACGUGGGCAUCUAUGACACAUUUCUUUUUGGGAACAACCGACAGCGAUGGGAGGCCUUGAAGGCGCAACCGUUCCGCAAUGUCUGGGAUUGGGCUGGCCCGCACUCACGCCUUUCUCCGCAAGACCUGGAACUCUUCAAAAAUCCAUUGUACCUGCUUCAGCGAUCCAAGGAGUUGCUCAACGUGAGAGCCCAAGAGGGUGCUGGUGACCGAGGUGCGCCGUCAUUUAGUGAAGAUCUGCUUCUCCUGGACCCCACGGUGAAGUCGCUGUCAGUGUGGACACAAUGUUACUACCGCUGGAUUCCAAAAGCGGAGGUGGUUAAUGGUGAUCCGGCAACUCUGUUCCUCCACAAUGUUCGUGUGGCCAGGGAUAUAAACUUUUUGGCUACUCAGAUACGACUACUGAAAGAACAUCGCGAUGGCGGAGAGACCGUGCAGCUGCGGCACCGUCGUCUGCCUUCGGACGAGUACUUCUUUGCCAUUCAGCGUAGUUCUGCGCGUCCUGGUGCAGCAAUAGACAAUCAUCACCUUGUGACUUCUUCAUUUCCGUUUGCACCUCCGGGUCCUGUAGAUUGGGGAAGCUGCCACGUACCUUCGGUAGCACCUCUUCCAGAUGAUGACUACGGAGACUUGGAUGACUAAACUAGUGACCGUAGUUUUCCUUCGAAAGGGUCUUCUUUUAAGUUGAUGAACGUGUUCUGUGGAGUGCUAUGUUUGGUUUGGUUUAUCGCACUGCAUAGCAGGCACAUAGCUGCUGUCAGGGCACCGGCCAAGCCAUCUCGGGGCAUUUCAAGAUUGCUUCUUUGGCUGCUGUCAAAUACUUAAAUUGGAAACGUUCACAGCAUGAGAUGCCAACAAUUGGUUAUAUUAGGUUCUCGUACAGCUGUGAAAAGUUUUGAUACUUCUUUUCUGUGGAAGCUUUCUUUCACUUGCAGUGGGUUUUAAUAGCAGCUAACCAAACAUUUCAGCAGCCAACUGUCAGUGCCUUGUUUACAUCAUGUGAUGUUACAUGAUUCUGUGCCAGGCAGGGAUUUUGUUCUGUUAAUUGUUCCCACUGGAGGCCAUGGUGCUGUAUUGUUUGUGGAAGUUCUUUCAUUUUUUGCAAUGUUUUAGUGGCUCCUGGCUCCUUGAACGUGUGCUAGGCAGAGGGCACAUUGUUCAGCUUAGAAUGAACGUACCGGUAACUUAUUGUACAAAUUGUUUAAGCUCCUGCUUGUUUAUUAGUGGUCAUAUGUUAUGGCUGUUAAUAUGUAUAGAGAAUGUAUUUUUUGUUUGAACCUGUUCCUAAGGCUGUGCGGAUUUUAUUUUCAAGAAAGCUGAGACUGCAGCUUCUCUUUUUUUUUUUUUUGCCUUGAAGAACCCACUUUCUUUUUCGUAAUUAGUAUUGCCAGUAUUGAAAGUACUGUUAUGCAGUCCUGCAGUACUAUGUUGAUAUUAAGUUUACGAGGUAACUAUUUCUGUGAGACAUGCCAUAAAAGUAGGUGAACAUGUCCUCUCGGUGCUUGAACCAGCCAUGAUGUGCUGGUUUUCCAUGUUUUUAUUCUCUACGAGUAGUAUAUCUUGUUGCCCUUGCUUUUCAUUCUCAGAGCCCUGGGGCCAAACUACAUUCAGUGACAGCGUGUACGUUUUGUAUGCAUCAUCUUAAAAACACAAAUGGCAUUGUCCCUAGCCUAGAACAAGGACGCAUUUUUUAAGGUGUAGGUUGGACUAUGUACCAAUGGUAGAAAAAAAAAAAGAGAGAGAGAAAGCAAGAUGUGCUGUCUUGUCCAGUGAACGUGAAGAUUAUUCUUCAUUAGAUGCGCUAUCUUGUCGUAUCUGUAUUAAACAGGUUGGCUGUGCUGUCAACUAAUAAAGUCUAAUAAAGGAGGCAGAUGUGAGGCUUAUGAUGCAACGAAAAAAUACAAUAGUUUUUCAUUUGACAUCUUGCACAGCGAGUGUUGGUUUUCUUAAAGCGGUGCAAUGCUGAUGCUGCCGAGCAGCUUAGAUAUCUAUUAAGGGGAACAUGUAUAUUUUGUUGCCGCAGUAAGUUUGAUGAAAUACUUAGCACAGCACAGUUAUUGGCCUAAUUAAGCACUCUUGCAUGGCAUUAGAGUCCUGUACCUACAGCUGUCGGAUAAAAACCUGGGCAUUUUUGGUAAUCUCUUCUCGGUAUUUGCAGGUGGCACUUGGCAGUGUCAAUAAUAGUAAUAUGGUAACUCUGUGGAAACACUUAAAUAUUUUGAACAGUGUGUGAUAGGUGUAGCUAAUCUAAUCACAUGUACUUUGCUUUUUUAGCUGUAAGCUACCAAGAUUGGUUGUGUGUGGGUGUUCUCGUGGUCUUAGUAACCACAUAAAACUCCAGCCACAAUUUGUGAUGUUACUCUAGAACUGUGUCGAUGCUUUACAAUCUUGCCUUUGCAGGCACGGUCAAAAGCACUGGCCAUAUGAAUCAUUUUGGUGUAACUCUAGCUGUUUCAUGUUUGGCGACUUAAUAUUGCAGCUUUACAGCUUUUUUGGUACCAAUUGACACCUGAAUUUGUUGUCUAACAUGUUUGUAUAGAUUUUGACAAAGAUGGCCUUUGCAUUUGAAAAGUAUGGUUUUGUGAUAAUAGCUUAGAUGUUGUGUAUAUCAGUGUUUGGGCUCUUGGGACAUUGGAAGUAUAACUAUUUAUGAAAUGGACCUAUGAAAUGCGGCCAAAUCUAAAUUAGGUGCCAUACUGAUUGGUGGGAAGUAUUAAAACUGCUUGAGAAAGUUAAAAGGUGUGGAGGGGGCCGCAGCUUUGCUUAUUAAACCACUCGUUAUGUAUGCAAAAAAAUAAAAGAAAAGGGUACUGAAUACAUGUAAAUAAGCACUGCCCAAAGGGAGCCCUACAUUCUAUCUUAUCGGGGUGCAGUUAUUCACUGACGUACAUCCCUGUAAGCAUAGCUGUAGGGCACAAAUUCUUCGUGCUGUUUAAGAGCAUGUCUACAGUACUUCGUGGCACAGGCAUUUUGGUACGAGACCUGUACAGCCUGUAGUGUGCCCAACUUUGGAAUUGAUUAAAGAGAUUAUAAGAUA